GCUCCGGUGCCCACGGGCGCGGCGGGGCCGCGGGUCCGUGUCGGUGCGUGCGUGUGCGCUGCCCGCCCGCCGCGGGGGGAGAACGGGGGGAGCCCGGCCUCCUUCCUCAUUUUGGGGCUGAGAAGGGCGAUUUCCUUCGCCAGCUGCAGUUCUGCUCUUCUUGCUUUUUUUUUUUUUUUUUCUUUUGCCUUUUUUUUUUUUUUUUUUUUUUUUUUUUUAAUUUGUUUUAUUUAUCAAACCCAGCCGCCGAGCCGGGCGCGGGGCCGCGCUCUGAAGCCGCGGGCUCCGCUCCCCGCACCGAUGGAGCCGCAUCCCCGGGAUCCCGGCCGCGCCGCCUGGGCAUUGCCGUGCCUGCUGCUGCUCGCCCUGCCCGGUGUGGAUGCCCAGGCGGGUCAGGGCUUCACUCUGCAGCAGCCCCAGGCCAAGGUGACAGUGACAGCGGGGGACAAUCUCACCCUGAUCUGCACUGUAUCUGGAAUUGCUGGACCAGGUUCUGUGAUGUGGCUGAAGGGCUGGGGCAGUGGGAACAAGACUGUCUAUGACCAGAAUAACGCGGAUCCCUCCUCCCGUGUGACGGCGGCAGUCCGUGGGUCUGACACAAACUUCACCAUCCACAUCAGGAACGUCCAGCCUGAGGACAUGGGCACCUACUACUGUGUGAAGUUUGUCAAGGGUGCCUUUGGUGAUGAUGAGGUGUUUAGGCGUGGCAGUGGCACCGAGGUGACCGUGCAAGCCAAACCCAGCCGCCCACUCGUGUCCGGGCCUGAGCAGAGAGCGAGGCCGAACGACUCUGUGCCUUUCACCUGCACGACUGGAGGGUUCUUUCCUGACAAGAUUGACGUGAAAUGGUUCAAGAACGACAACUCAAUGACGGCUCAGCCACCCCAGGUCACUCAGACAAGGAUGAAAACCUACAACAUGUCCAGCACAGCGCAGGUGACCCUGGAGAAGGGCGAUGCCCGCUCGCAGAUCACCUGUGAGGUGACGCACCCCACGCUGCAGGCCCCGCUGCGAGGGAGCUUCCAGCUCAGCAGGGUGCUGAGAGUUCCCCCCAGCGUCAAAGUGCGCGCUGAGCCGAGCCCCGCUGAGGUGAACAAGACCGUGGCCUUCACCUGCCUCCUGAAGGAGUUUUACCCAGCUAAUGUGUCCAUUUCCUGGCUGGAGAAUGGGAUUGAGAUAAAGGGGCAGAACCUCUCUGGGCCACGGGAGGUGUCCCGGGGCUUGUUUGAGCUGAGCAGCCGGGUGGAGGUGCAAGCGACAGAGGAGAAAAACGGGUCCACGAUCACCUGCAGGGUGGUGCAUGACGGCCAGGCCCCUGCCAACGACUCAGCCGUCCUGUUGAUCUCCAACCCAACCCUGGGGGGAUUGAGCAACGAGUUCCAGAUUAAUAAAGAUGAUAUGCUCAUCUACAUCGUGGUGGGUGUGGUCUGCACCGUGCUGGCCCUGCUGGUGGCUGCCAUUCUGUACCUGAUCCGGACCAAGCAGAUCAAGGCAGGUAAAAGCUCACCGUCUGCCAGGUUACAUGAGCCAGAGAAGAGCAGUGAGGCCACGACCCAGGAAUCCGACCCCAACAACCUGACCUACGCGGACCUGAACUUCGAGAAGGAGAGGAAGAGCAUCCGGCGGAUGGUGGAGAUGAGCCAGCAGUCGGAGUACGCCUGCAUCCAGAGCAACCAGGCGCCCAACGGCGACGACAACCUCACCUACGCCGACCUGGACAUGGUGCACCUCAGCAAGGCGCCCAAGCGGCCGGCCCCGCGCCCCGAGGAGGCUGGCUCCGAGUAUGCCAGCGUCCAGAUCACCAGGAAGUGAGCAGUGGCUGCAGGGACCCCCUGUCCUGCCGGGAACAGCUCUGCUCCUCCCUAAGACUGUUCUCUUGGAAGCAGCGGGAGCGAUGUGAGGAUGCGCUGCGGUACCUGUGUUUUAGGAUGGAAAUGGAGCCCGCAGUACUUAUGGGGGUCUUCUCCCAUCCAGAGAGACAUGAUUUUUGGGGGCAGUUUGGUCCUGGGGCUGCCAGCUCCAUCCCUUCAGGACCCCCAUCAAGGGUUGCUCAACCUCAGUGUGCCGGGUUUGCCCGUGAGCAGAUUCAGCCAGCGGAGCUGCAGCUCCUUGGGAAGCUCCAGCUGGGCUGAGGGGACAGGUACAGUGCCUCCACACCAGCUCUCAUGGGGAUGCCCCUGCCUGGCCCACGGCUCCCCAGGACCAGCAGGGCCCCCACACUGCCUUCUGGGGCUCUGCCACCACGCCUGGACACCAAACUCUGGCUUUAAAGGAAGGACCCGAGUGUCCGCCUCUCUUCCCAAGUGUCCCUUCUGCGGGACCUCUGUCUCGCCACAAGGCCAAGAGGCUGGAAGGCCAACGAGCCAAGGCCCCCGCCCUGCCGUCCAGGGGAGCUCCAGGUCUGGCUCCUCAGCACCAAGCAUCCUCCUCAUCAUCAUCACCACCUUCCUGUGCUCAGCCUUGCCCUGCCCUGGGACCCACCAGCGCUGCCCCAGGCUUGUACAAAGCGUGCGAGGGCCCCCCAGCCUGGCUCCCCCCGGGAGCUCCCCGCAGGUACCGUGUAACAUGUUUUGACUGUUUGACAUGUAACUGUUAAUUUUUAGAGCUGAAACCCCCAAUGUUUUGUGUUGUACGUGGGUGUACUGCUGUGUACUUAACACUAGAAUAAGAUGUGCAAAAUUAAGACCGAGGCCUCAGUAAAGAAUCCCCCAAACCCUA